GGAGAAAGGUCGAUUGCUAGCACGACAGCCUUUCUUCGAGCCAACAAUACCAAAUGCUGUUGUGAAGUCAGUCAUUAACACCCUGUGUUCGGUCUCGUUUACGAUCUCGAUAUGAGUUUGUAGAGCUGAGUAUUCGGACGUGACUGCCGAAAUCGCGAUAUUUCACUUCGUACCUUCCGAGUAUGCCCAUAUUCGAGCCUCACUUCGAAAGAUUCAAGGUUUCUCCAUCACCCUCACACCACCGUCCCUCGCGCAUAUAACUGCCCUCGCGCUCAUGACAGUCUUCAGCACCCGUCAAACACCCAAAGUCACCUUGGACCUGCGCACCUUCUUCGACAGGUGACGCAUGAUCUAGAGCUACAAGUGGCGCUAGCGGCGCAAGAGAUGGCAUCAGGCGGGCACAUAUUGCAGCAGCAGAAACCAGCCAUUGAGACACAGUUGAAGCGACUACUGAACACCGAUCUCAAAGACCUCUGUCGAAGUUACGGCAAACCAGUAUCAGGCAACAAGGCGGAACUGCAAAAGCGAUGCAUUGAAAUACUGAACGAAAUUGUGGCGAAAGGCGACCCGGCAGCCUUCGAAGCGUUUCGCUACCGCGCGAACCACAAGGGCCAGUCUCCGCCACUGACCGACAUUGUCACAGCCGGAGGGACCUACGACUCGCCUUCAGGUGGGCAUGGUAGUCACUCGAUGGCCACUGGUCGAGGGUAUGGAAUGUCGACGCAGAAUCGCAUGCCUACUGGCGGCAAGUACUUCAAGUCCAGUCCGUUCUACGAGGUAUUGGACACUGUAGUGCAUCUACAAGAUCUUCCAGAUAUGCCACAAAAUCGGAAUACCGUACGUGCUACAAUCAAUCUGAGCGUGGAGCAAGCGCAGCGCAUGACAUCUGAUGGCGACAUGCGUCUCAUGAUGUUUUGUGGUGCGGCGCAGGAGAUGUCGCCUUAUCACCCGGUUGACAUUGCCUUCCCAAAUCAGAUCGAGGUCAAGAUUAACAACGACGACGUCAAGUCCAACUUCAAGGGACUGAAGAACAAGCCUGGCUCGACAAAGCCAGCAGACUUGACCUCGAAAGUCCGCGCCAGGGCCAAUUAUCCGAAUCAGGUCAGCAUUACCUACGCCCUCACAACCAAAAGAUACGCCUUUGUGGUCUAUUUAGUCCGAUAUGUGAACGCCGCCACUCUCACAGAACGUAUCAGGACUGCCAGCGUCAUUCCGAAAGAAAGGGUGCUUGCAGAAAUGCAGAAAGCGAACGCUGAUCCAGACAUUGAGGCGACCGCUAUCCGCAUGUCGCUGAAGGACCCUGUUUCAACCGUGCGCAUCACAUUGCCCGUCAGGUCAACAGUCUGCACGCACACCCAGUGCUUUGACGGUGCAAUGUUCAUGCAGCUGGUGGAGCAGGCACCGCAGUGGAGUUGUCCAGUCUGCAACAAGACGGUGUCCUUCCAGUCCUUGUGCGUCGACAAGUAUUUCGAAGACAUCCUGAACAGAACACCGAAAAGCGUCGAGAAGGUUGAUGUGGAACCGGACGGACAGUGGAAGAUUAUCAAGGAUGAAGAUGAUGAGCAGCCAGCCGGCGGUGCAGGGAAAGCGCGCGCAUCUUACGACGACGACUUUGAUGACGACGACGACCUCGUCGAGAUGCCGGACCCGACGAACAAGCCCAUCAACAGCGUGAAGCAAGAGUCGCAGCCUUUGAGCGCGAUUUCGCCAGUUGCCGGUCAAAGCUUCGCCGUGAACACACCGCCCCUGUCAUCGCGAGAGCCGUCGGUGGCACAGUCAGCAGCAUCAGGCCAACGAAGCGGUACCAAGCGAUCUGCUGGUGCAGUCAUCGACCUCACACUGUCGGAUGAAGAAGACGAGCCUCCACGGCCCGCAAAGCGACAUCACCCAGCGCCGCCACGACCGCAGAACCAAGGUAACCAGCACGUUCCCACCCCUUCGUACCAUACGCCUGCAUCAUUACCGGACAGUUCUCGUUACCAGCCUGCACCUCCACCGCCGUCGAUGUCAACAUCGUCGAGCCAUGCAUUUCGGGGAGCUGACACCUAUAGACCGUCUACGGACCACUAUAGGCCGUCGCCGCUCGCAGGACAUGCCUCGACCUCGCUGAGUCCGCAGCAAGCGAUGCGUCAACCGCCUAUGAUGAACGGAACGAGUACAUCGACAUACGCACCUAGUAACCCACACUCUCCGGUCCUACCUCAAGCGUACUCCGGGAAUGCGGCUCACAGCAGACCUCCAGCGCCUCCCUGGCCAUCACAGCAAUACAGACCACCUUCUCUGCCGCAGAUCAAUGGCAACCAGUCUUUUGCAAUGCGCCCUACGCCUUCACCACUUGGCUUUGGGACGGCAAGUCCGCAGCCCCAGUAUGACGGCGGUAACGGUCAGUAUGACGAUGAUAGCAAUAGCCUUGCUCUGCCGCCUUUGCAGCAGCACAACUUCCAAGACUUUCAGCAAGACGGUAGCUUUUGGGGCUGGCGUGGCGACCAGACGAGUAACUAUACCAAUAGUCCCGGCUAACAUUCGGACGAUGGAAAGCGAGUCGCGAUAACGUACUUCUGUUGCGUAGAGUACUACUAGGCCUUCGGUCUGGCAAUGGUUGCACGAAGCAUGGACAUGACAUUGACCGACGUUUGUAGUUUGCGUACGGUCAACAGUACAUAUAGCAUGGCGUGUCGGUUCGGCAGUCAGAACACCACAGUCAGUAGGACAAAGACUGCUCAAUCAAUAUUUUCGUUGAAAC